GCUGUAGGGGAAAGAGGAGGAAGCAGCAGCUAGGAUGGCGGAGGCACACCUCUGAAGCAAUUUUCAGAGGGAUCGAAACAAAUCUUUGGUGAACCUGGAAGCCUGAAAGAACUUCAUUCUAAAGGGCCAGGGAUUGUGUGCAGUCCAAAGACAAGCAUGUGGCCCAUGGAUGCCACAGAUCACCUGUGUCAAAGGAAUACUGUCAUGCCGUUUUAGCAAAGGAAAACAUCGUCACAAGUAUCUGAAAGACCUUUGGAUAAUUCAGCUUUUAUUUUAAGCAACAUCCUAAAUGUGUUGGUCUGCAUGGGGAUGUUUCUUUUAAAAGAUCUGACUGUUCAUGUUAUUUUGUUUCUAAAUAAGUAACCUGAGGACGAGAGAGUCCCAUGAGCAUCUUUGCUGGGCUACUAAUAACGUCAACAUGAGUAGUACUUUAGGCAAAGAAAAGGACUCAAAAGAAAAAGACCCCAAAGGUGGUCCGGCAGGUAAAGAAAGGGAAAAAGAGGCCAAGGCUUUAGCCAGCUUAGUCAAAGACGGUGGCAAAGAAACAAAGACCAAAGGGAAAGAUGCCAAAGAAGGAAAGAAGGACACAAGCAGCUCAACACCGGGUGUUGCCUUCUCUGUUGACAAUACAAUAAAGCGGCCAAAUCCGGCACAAGGUACACGCAAGAAAUCCAGCAAUGCAGAAGUUAUCAAAGAGCUCAAUAAGUGUCGGGAGGAGAAUUCAAUGAGGCUGGACCUAUCCAAACGGUCCAUUCACAUGUUGCCCACCUCUAUUAAGGAGUUGACUCAGUUGGCUGAACUCUACCUAUAUAGCAACAAGCUACAGAGCCUACCAGCUGAGGUGGGUUGUCUAUCAGGCUUGGUCACUUUGGCCCUCAGUGAGAACUCCUUGACCAGUUUGCCUGAUUCCCUGGACUCACUGAAGAAGCUCCGAAUGCUUGACCUCCGGCACAACAAGCUCAGAGAGAUCCCACCUGUCGUCUAUCGGCUGUCUUCUCUGACCACGCUGUACCUGCGCUUCAAUCGCAUCACAACUGUAGAGAAGGACAUCCAGAACCUGUCCAAGCUCACCAUGCUCAGUAUUCGUGAGAACAAGAUUAAGCAGCUACCUGCAGAGAUAGGUGAGCUAUGCUGCCUCAUUACUUUGGAUGUUGCCCAUAACCAGUUGGAACAUCUACCAAAGGAGAUUGGAAAUUGCACACAAAUAACCAACCUCGACUUGCAGCACAAUGAGCUCCUGGACCUCCCAGAGACGAUUGGCAAUUUGGCAAGCAUAAAUCGGUUAGGUCUGCGAUAUAAUCGAUUGUCGGCGAUCCCCAGAUCUUUAGCCAAAUGUCGAGAACUAGAGGAGUUAAACCUCGAAAAUAACAACAUUUCACUGUUGCCAGAAGGCCUGCUGUCGAGUUUAUUAAACCUGACAAGUCUUACACUGGCGAGGAACUGCUUCCAGUCGUACCCUGUGGGUGGACCUUCUCAGUUCUCCACCAUUUACUCCCUCAACAUGGAGCACAACCGUAUCAACAAGAUCCCAUUUGGUAUCUUCUCCAGGGCCAAGGUGUUGAGCAAGCUUAACAUGAAGGAUAACCAGUUAACAUCUCUGCCACUGGAUUUUGGCACAUGGACCAGCAUGGUUGAACUUAACCUGGCCACUAAUCAGCUGACUAAGAUCUCAGAAGAUGUCUGUGGUCUCGUCUCUCUAGAGGUGUUAAUAUUGUCCAAUAACCUUCUGAAAAAGUUACCGCAUGGUAUUGGGAAUUUGAGAAAGUUGCGAGAACUCGACUUGGAGGAAAAUAAGUUGGAAUGUCUACCGAUUGAAAUCGCUUACCUAAAAGAUUUACAGAAAUUGGUGUUGACAAAUAAUCAGCUAACUACAUUACCCAGAGGCAUCGGCCACCUCACCAACCUGACCCAUCUUGGUUUGGGUGAGAACUUGCUGCAACAGCUGCCAGAGGAGAUUGGCACUCUGGAGAAUUUGGAGGAGCUGUACCUCAACGACAACCCCAAUCUGCAUAGCCUCCCAUUUGAGCUCGCCCUCUGCAGCAAGCUGUCCAUCAUGAGCAUCGAGAACUGUCCCCUCACCCACCUGCCGCCCCAGAUUGUCGCAGGAGGUCCCUCUUUCAUCAUCCAGUUUCUCAAGAUGCAGGGACCGUACCGUGCCAUGGUCUGAACCAAACGCAGCUCAGUGCCAUCUCCAACCCCUCCGCUUACUCUGUGCCCUUUUGCCUGCCUGCCCCCAAAACGUGUAUCCUACACCUUCAAGGAAACCAACUCAUCACAAUCAGUGUCGGGGGCAAACGUAAAGAGCGAGUUUGAAGAGAGCAAGGUUUUGUUCUCCAUCUUUGUGCAGAAACGAGGCAUAUCUGUGGAGAUUUCUACGUUGCUCCAGAGUUUAUCCUGGUCAGUUAUGACCCCAGCCACCGCCGCGCCCCCCCCUUACAUUCUGAAUCAUAAAUGAGGAACAUCUUUCCAUCUGUUUUGCCAAAACUGAGGAUAUGUAAAGUUAUAUAUACUAACUGCGAGCUGCGAGGGAAGUCCUUCAACUUUUGAAAUCACGCUCCAUUGCCAAUGUAUAUAAUUACAGCAUCCGUUAUG